AUGGAGGAAUCGCUCAAGCCCAAGCUGCACGACCACAAAGAGGUGGCCAAACCGCGGCGUCGUCCGCUGCCGCCCAUGCCCAUAACCGUCUCGGAUUCCGUCCUGUCCUUCUUCCUCGAUUCGCCGUCCUCGUCCACGUCCUCCUCGGAGAACUCGCGUCUACACAACUCCGGGAGUACAGAGGAGCCUGUAGCCAACGACCAGCGACGCCCCAGCGCACGCUCGAGCGUCGUGUUCGACUCGAUGCGGCGCUGUCCGUCCCUCAGUCGCAGUCGUAGUGAAGUCAGUAACAAGUCCAGCAGUAGCUGUCGCGCACAUCUGGGUCCCCGCUCGACGUCCACCAACACGUCGUCCUCUAUGUCUCUUAAAAAGCGACCACGUAGCUUGGCUAACCACCUCGGAGGCUUCGUGCUGCACUCGGUCACGCCACGAGAGUCGUCGAUUCUGCAGUACACGUCCAUGGUGUCACCGGGUACUCACACGGAAUACGAACUGGUGCUCGAAGACACUAUGGUAUCGGGUGUAGGAGAGAGAUGGGUCGUCUCGAGACGAUAUUCAGGUUUCAGGACGCUGCGAGACGACCUCGCGUUGGUAUUCGACCGACGCAACCACCCAGGAGCUGCGGUAGACGACAAACAAGCGCACUGUCAGCAUUGCGCGCCGAUGAUGGAGGCGCUGGACAAACUGAGCUCCAAAUACUUCCCGAAGCGACGACUAUGGGGCUCCAAGCGCUCCAAAGUUGUGCAGCAACGUGCAGAACUCUUCUUCAAGUACUUACAGGGGCUGCUAACACUCGCUACUAAUCGAUCUACUCGUCGCUGUCCGCUUGUGGCGCUGGGCUUCGCUGUGCAGUUACGAACGUUCCUCACGCUCGAGCGUGAGCCGUACCGGGACGCGCCGGGCACGUUUGGGGGCGGUGCUGUGCCGUUCCUACUUAACGAAAUGACCCUAAUGGACGCAAGGCCUGAUAAUGCCACGACGCUUAUGACUAUCGACGAGCUUGACGCUGCGUGUGCAGACUCCACGGACGAUGAAGCGGAGUGUAACGUCAACCAGGUGAUCGACUUCCCGUCCCCUGUCUACGUGCUGGAGGAACAGGAUGAACUACGCUCGUGGGACGGCUUCGAGCAGUGGGAAGAAGCCUCGGUCAAGCAGUAAUGCACCAUAGACAAGGUAAACUAAACACUCACACGUAUACUUAAGCCACAGCCAGCGCCGUACACGUACGUCACGUCCAUCGGAAGACUUUGACAAACAACGUGAACAGGCUUCAGUGCUGGUCUUAAUCCACUCAUAUUUCUGGGU